GUGCACUCCCGAGCACGUGGUCUCGCUGCAUCUUUGCUUUUCUGUUUGUUUUGCCUUCCCCUAGGCUCCAUGGCAACGCGUCCCUUGUCGCCCUGUGUCCUGGUUGCCAUUGGCAGCGGUUUCUUGCCAUAGCUAACGGUUGCCAUAUUUACACUUAUUCAACAACAAAACAUUUGAAGUUUUGUAGCAGUCUUGAAGCGUAUGGUGCGUCCUGCAAAAUCGUGGAAAGAAAUUGUGAAUUUCAUGAGUGAAAACUUCCUUCAAAACAAUGCUUGUUUGUGAAAAAGCGUAGUGAAGGUUUUGCUGCAGCAGUAUGGAAUUGAGUUUGUAUGGUUCGCAGAUUAGCCUAGCAACGCGCGAGAAGACCACCACAAACCAAUACCGAGAGCGGCCAGGGUCCGCUUUGCAACACCCUACCCGACCCUGCUCGGCGGCCGGACCGCACCCAAGGCGUCCACUGUCGGCAGACAGCACGCAGUACCACUACCGGAAGCGGCCAUCUUCAAACGGAAGUACAGUGGACAUACCCCACCAAGCAACGUCACCGUUUCACCAGCGCAGUACAUCCUCAUCCAGCCUGUUACUGAAAAGCCUACUGGCCGAACCGAUUCCACGGUACUGGGAAUCGCGAACACUAGCCAGGUCUGUGCCACCGACAUCAACACGUGGCUCGUCCUGUAGUAGCGCAGAACGCAUACGCCAGCACAAGCGAUCGCAAACGCAAGCAAUAGAGAGUAGUACACGACCGGUGGCGAACACCAGACCGCGGAAGCGUACGGGAAGCGGGACUGCUACUAAACGAAGCAAACAGAAGACUAACGUCGAUCGUCGCCGAAGGAGACGCGACAGUACCGAGGAGGAAGAUCCCGAUCGAGACGAAGCGGACAGCACGAUGGACGAGAUGGAUGACACGCAGGAGUCAAACAACGAGGCCGAAUUGGAAGGCAUCUGGAGGGGAAAGGGGGCGGGUGGAAGUACCCGCGAGGAAAAGAAACGAUCUCCACCGCUGCCUAUGGUCGCAUUACCACUCAACCGGAAAGCGAUCGAAAUUAGCUCCUGCGGCGGUGCGAAGAAGAACAACACAUCGCCGGAAAAGUCUUCACAGUCCCGUAAGAUUGAUCUUCCCGGAAGGGUUUCGUUCAGCUCCAACGAACCGUACGAGAUCGAUUACAGUGAUUUCGAGGAGAAUGAGUUCGCCACCAGCACCAAGGAAGCGAAAUCGGAGCAACCGAGCAAGACGAAAGACACGAACAGUAAGAAACCAUUCUCCUCCAGCAGCGCGAUGUACGACGAGCGGCUGUUUCAGGAAGAUUCCUUGAUGGAGGAAGUGUCGGUGAGAUUUGGUAGUGUGAAGUUUGAGGAAGAUCUUACAGCCAGCUCGGGCUAUGAGACGAAAUGUGACGAUACGGCCAAGUCUACCUUGGAAAUCCGUAGGGCAACAUUAGGAACGGGUUCCUCCCCAUCGCCCGUUUGUGAUGUGCGAGAGUCGAACAAAAUCAUUGAAGAGUACAAGAAGGAGAUAGCGGAUCUUAACCGACGCCACGACAUGGAGCUGCGUAUUUCCGUGGGAGAUGUUUCGGUACCAUCGAAACCGUACGAUCCGAAGUGUUUUACACCCUCCGACACGCCCGAAGAUCUGUUCGUCAACUCAGUAUCCACGAAAGCGAUCGAGAGCACGACCGAGGACACGGAUGCUGAACUGGACCGUCCGUCUGCCUGCCGUGGCGCGCUGCUGGAGAAGAACAUCAUCAAUGAGUACUAUGAGUGUAUCAAUGAAAUAAUCACCGAGCAAUCGCCAGCGAGACGACAGCCGAACCGACUCAGCUUACCCGGCCUGGGCGGAUCGAUGGACGAAAAGGAGGAUACGAUCCAGCACAACUUGAACAACGAAUGUACGAAAAGUGCCCCAAAGGACAAACAGUUCGCAUCGGGGGUCGUACUACCGUCCGGCAAGGCGAAGUCUUCAAACACGGAAAAGAACCGGCUAGAUAGUAGCUCGAAUCCAGUGAUCAAGAAUUACUUCAAGGUGAAGGAACAGAACAUUGUGAGCGCCAGUGCGAGCAGUUUGGCAAGUGGAAGUGGUAGCAGCAGCACUACCGGAAGCAAAUCGGGACAUUCGAAGAACUCACUGUUGUUGAAGAAAGGCAGCAAGGAGAAGCCAAAGUCAGCCGAUGCGCACAAGUCCAUUUUGCGUAAUGCGAAAAAGCAAAACAACAGCGUCGGAACGGGCUCGAACGGGGGGAGUGCUGGUUCGGGCAAGUUCUCGGCAGGUCUGUGCCGAGAGGAGAGCAACAUAUCCGAGUUUCACAUGGAUAAGGUGGUGAGCUGGAUGUCAUGUAAUGAGGAUACGUUCCCGGCCGUACCAGAUGGACCUGUGCUAGACGAUGUAGCUGGAGAGGAGCAGCGGAAGUGUACUGUUACUGAGGGUGGUUCUACCUUGGGGAUGCCGGAAUCUACCGAUGGACCUACGGGCUAUGGUGUUAGCUUUGAGAGUGUGCCGAGGGCGCGAUUGGAACAGCCGGAGGAGGUCGGUAGUAGCGUUCAGUCGAACUAUGACGAUGAUUCGAUCGUAAGUGGAAGUGCCAAACAAAAGUCAGAUUUCCAAGCACUCAAGAAUGAAGUGGAGUACAGAUUGAGCAACAUAUUGGACUGCACCGAUUCGCAGGUCAGCUCCGGCUGUGAGGGUGAACCGUCGGACCAACCGGCCAAAGGCAAGGUAAAGGACCUUUUCUCUUACCUCGAUCAGGUCGAGCUGAAGUGUGAGAAGAGUGCAUUCAAAGGAGCUGCCGGUUCUGCGGGUGUGCUACCCUCAGAGUCGGACCGCUCCGAGCUGGAUUUUGCUGCCGAACCGGACUAUAUUGAAGCCAUACCGAAAAUGAACGACCUGCUAGAGCUUCCACCGCAUCAGCUAGCUCGGCGAGUGAUCAAACUGUCGCUGCGCGCCAACGAACUAAGCAACGCGAUGCAGCUGUCCAAAAACCACAUCGCCACGGUGCGGGCGGACAAGGCGAAAGCAAUUCGCUCGGAAAAGUGUGCCCUGCAGGGGAAGCUGAAGGAGCAGAAAAAGCACUACGAAGACAUCAUCGGUCGGCAUCAGGAGUUUAUCGAUCAGCUGAUCAAGGAUAAGUCGGGGCUGUGUGACAAGGUAACGCAGCUAACCCGGCGGCUCGACUCGCAAAACCAAAGCUGGGAGCAUCGGCUCAAGACGGAGCUGGAGCGUGCCCGCGACACGGCCCUGGCCGCCGAGAAGAUUCGCCGCGAGAAGUGGGUGCGGGAAAACACGAAAAAGAUCAAAGAGCUUACCGUGAAGGGGCUAGAGCUGGAGAUAAACAAGAUGACGGCAACGCACCAGAAAGAAAUCGGCGAGCUAAAGCGCCAGCAUAAGGACGAGAUGAUGUGUGCGCUCGAGGAGCUGAAGCUACAGUACGAACAGAAGGAGGCCGACGUACGGCAAGGGCUGGUGAAGGAGCGGGAAUCUACGCUGGAGCGCGAACGGCAAGCGUUACUAGAACGGUUCGAUCGACAGGUAACCGAGGAGCGCAACAUCUUCGAGCAGCAGCGACAGCACCUGCUCAGCGAGUUCGAUCUGGAAAAGGAAAGGCUCCAGAAGGAGGCAGCCCGCAAGGCGCAGUACGCCGAUUCCCAGCUGGAGGAUCUAAAGCGCGAAAAUACGAAAAAUCUCGACUUUGCCCAGAAAGAGUACGUGCAGAUGCUGAAGCAAAGGGAGGCGAAGCAUCAGGACGAGCUGGAGAAGCUGCAGAAGCAGUACGAGUCCGACUUUGCCAUCUGGAAGCGGGAGCACGAGCGGAAGUCGAAGCUGGAACUGGAGCAGCGGGAAAACGAGAUCCGGUCACAAUGCCGCACGGAACGGGAUCAGCAAAUCGAUCGCAUCGUGGCGAAGGUCGAUGCGGAAACGCAAAAAUAUCAACAGGAAUUUGAUGCCAAAAUGAGUCGCCUAAAAGAAAAGCAUGAAGUGGAGCAGAAGGAAGCGGAAGCUUCCGAAGCACUGAUGAAGCAAAAGUAUCAGGAUGCGCGCGUUAAGCUGGCUGAGGCGGAGGCAACACUGCAGAACAUGAAGGCGACGGCCAAGCAGACCGAAAUACAGCUCAAUCACGCCAAGAAGCUGUGCGAUGAUUUACUACAGGAGAAGGAAACGAUGCGCGAUGAGGCACGCCGGGAGGUGCAGAAGGAUAUGGCGAACAUGCAGCGCGAGCGGGAACGGGAGAUAGAACGGAUCUAUUUCAGAGUGCAACAGGCAAUUGAAAAGAAGGACAACACUAUAGCGGCCCUUCAGAAGGAGAUUGCCGGGCUGAAGGAACGUUGCUUGAAGCAGGACGCGAUCAUACGACAGCAGCGUAUGGAUUACUGUACAAAAUAG